AUGAUGUUCUCUCGUCAGGUCUUCCGCUGCGCACGGCCUCUUAAGCAGAGCUUCCGCAAGUACUCUGCUGAAGCCCCCAAAGCUGCCCCUACCCCCGAGGCUUCUGCCCCCAAGAAGUCCAACCUGACCCCCAUCUACGUCGGCGUCGGUCUUGCUGGUGCUGCUGCUGGUAUCUACCGAUACACCAGCGGUGCUGAUGCUGAGGUCAAGGAACGCCCCAAGGUUUUCGACGGCGAGAACUGGGUGGACCUCAAGGUCUCACAAAUCGAGAACUUGAGCCACAACACCAAGCGCGUGCGCUUCGAGUUUGAGAACCCAGAGGCCAUUGGUGGUCUCCCUGUUGCCUCCGCCCUUCUGACCAAGUUCAAGCCCGAGGGCGGAAAGCCCGUUAUCCGUCCUUACACCCCCACCAGUGAUGAGGAGGUCCCCGGUUACCUCGAACUGGUCGUCAAGGCUUACCCCGACGGUCCUAUGUCGCAGCACAUUCACUCGCUGAACGUCGACCAGCGCCUCUCUUUCAAGGGCCCCAUUGUAAAGUACCCCUGGAAGGCUAACAUGCACGACCACAUCGCGCUGAUUGCCGGUGGAACCGGUGUCACCCCCAUGUACCAGCUUGCGCGCCACAUCUUCAAGAACCCCAACGACAAGACUAAGGUGACCCUCGUUUUCGGCAACGUCAAGGAGGAGGACAUUCUGCUCAAGAAGGAGUUCGAGGAGCUGGAGAACACCUACCCCCAGCGCUUCCGCGCCUUCUACGUCCUCGACGAGCCUCCCAAGGAAUGGACUGGCGGCAAGGGUUACAUCACCAAGGACCUGCUGAAGACUGUCCUCCCCGAGCCUAAGGAGGAGAACAUCAAGCUAUUUGUCUGCGGUCCUCCCGGUCUGUACAAGGCUAUCAGCGGUGGCAAGGUCUCCCCACGGACCAGGGUGAGCUCGAAGGUAUUCUGA